GCCAUUGUUGUCGAUGUCUUGCGGGUACGCAUCUGCUGGGGCUGAGCCAGACUGCCAGGAGCAGCAGGAGGUUCCAGCCCAGCCUUCAAAUUCUGCGCUGCCCGGGUCAGUGAGCACUGUGCUUUGGGUGCUGGCGCUCAAGGCUGCACUGAACCACGGAGGCACGCGUCGCCCAAAGCGUUGGCGACGAGAGGCCAAAAGGAAGCAGCUGCAGCUGGCCACUGUGGACCCAGAAACCAUGGCGCCCUCCGUGCGGACCGUAGUCUUCCAGGGCUUCCUCCGCUCUGACCACCUCGUCCCAGCAGCUGCGGCAGCUCCCGCUGAAGGCAGUGACUCUGAGGAGAGCCUUGCGGGCGCGCCAUCUCCCCAGGACACUCGGGACAGCUGCAUCAUCAUCCUGGUCACAGACUCCCGUGCUCAAAAAGUCCGACAUGCUCAGGCAAGCUUUCCGAAGACCCCUGUUGAGAUAUGUUGGUGGCUGGAUGAGGCCGCAGUGCAGUUCCGAAUAUCGGGACGGGCGCUGGUGGCCGACCCUCGGUUUCCCAGAUGGGUUUAG